AUGACUCUUGAAGAAGACGACAGUACUUGGCUUAUAGAAUUGGAGUCAGCACUGCUCGAUGGAUGCACCCCUUGUGAGAUUAAUCUCAUCACAAAAGGUAAAAGAAUUCCUGAAAAUUUAAGACCUGAUGUUUGGUUGGUUUGUCUCAAUUGUCAAGAAAUGGGAAAUCAGCUGCUUCUAUUCGACGAAGUAUUUGAUUUACCAAAUCAGAACGAGUUGAGAGAUGAUGUAAAAAAAUUUGUACAAAAACUUGACAAUGAUGAUGAUGAAAAAUUAUCAGUAAUAUCGGACAUAGAAUCUAUCAUAACAUUCUAUUGCAAGUCAAAAUCACAUAAUUACGCUUCUAACAAUGGCUGGAUUGAAAUACUGUUUCCACUGUUGAGUCUGAAAUUACCUAGAGGUGACACAUAUAAUUUGUUUGAAAAAGUAAUAAAGCUAUAUAUUCCUAACGGCUGUGUAUCUAACGGUGUGCCUUUUCAUAUACUACGACUGAUCAUACAAUACCAUGAUCCAGAGCUGUGUUCAUUCUUGGAUACUAAAAGAAUAACACCCGAACAGUAUUGCAUGCCUUGGCUUAGAUCUCUUUUUUCUGGUACAUGCAGUUUGGAGGUGGUGCUUUUUAUGUGGGACUUGUAUUUUCAGAGAUCGGAUCCUUUCUUUAUAUUCUUCCUAUGCCUUAUCAUGAUUAUUAAUGCUAGAGAGCAACUGCUGCAAAUGAAGAAUGAAGAUAAAGCUACUAUAAUUAAAGUUCUCAGUGGCAUGCCCCGGGAUCUCGAAGCAAAUGAUAUAUCUGACUUUUGUUCCUUAGCCCAUUACUAUUCACUUAAAACGCCAGUAUCUUUUCGUGAGGAUGUGAUUGAUGUACUGUAUUCCAAUAGUGGAGUGGAAAUUAAUUCUAAAUUAUAUUCGCAAGCUCUGUGUCUCCCUGUAGCGGUUCAUGAAUUGAUUGAAACUGCUACGGUAGAUGUCGCAGAUGCUGAUACUGUUAAGUUCUUUUUGGUUGACUGUCGACCUGCUGAACAGUAUAAUGCUGGUCAUUUGUCUACUGCCUUCCACCUUGAUUGUAAUUUAAUGCUUCAGGAGCCAAAUUCAUUUAACACUGCCGUCCAAGGCCUAUUAAACGCUCAGCAGCAAGCAUUAGCAGCAGGCUCCCUUGCCGCUGGUGAACAUUUAUGCUUUGUUAGUUCCGGAAGAACAGAAGAAGACAGCUAUGCGCAUAUGGUAGUAGCGUCAUUCCUCAAGAAAAAUACCAAGCACGUAUCUAUGUUAGAUGGUGGAUUUGUGGCUAUACACGACUAUUUUGGUCCCCAUAUGACUGAUUGUUUGGAAGAUCACAACACAAAUAUGUGCUUGGUUUGUGCUCCCAAUAACAAUAAUAAUGGCAACAAACCAGCUGAGAAUCGACCCAGAGAUAAUGCACCAGCUAUUCAGUUGUUUAGCAAAUUAUCGUCAGCCAUGAAAGCAAAAAGUCAAGAAGUUAAGGGGAAGUUAAUAGAGUAUAUUGUUAAUCCAACAUCGCAAGCUAAUAACGGUGAUUGGCAUGUAUCAGCGAAUGAUAGAAAGGAACAGAGAUAUAGGAAUGUGCCUCCAGUAUUCAGCAUCAACGAUGAGGAUGAAGAUUCCUAUUCCGAUAAUCGUCGAGACGUAUCUAACAACGAUAAUUUAGACGAAAUGGUAGACAUUAAAAAUUUCUUGCAAGGACCGAAUAUAGUAAAUAAUUUCACUUGUCAAGAAGUAUUGUCGAAUGGUUACAUGUUUGACUCCCAUCUUGUGGUGACCGAGACACAUUUAAUCAUUCUACGUGAGAUACCAAACAAGAAAGGCGUAGCCAAAGUACUGUCUCGAAGGCCACUAUCCACUAUUGUAAAGAUUACAGCAAAAAAGAGGCAUCCAGAGCUAAUUACUUUCAAGUACGGAGUACCUGAUGGGGACAAUUUAUUGAUCAAAGACAUGGAUCGAUUUCUCAUUCCAAACGCAGCUGUUGCGACAAAAAUUGUCUCCAAUCAAAUAGUCUCGCAGUUGGAUAAUAAGUUACAAUAG